CCUAUACAGAGAAAACUAGCAUGGGUGGGAAUGGUCACAGGAAAGAAGGGGUCACGGAAAAGGGAAGGCUGGUCAGCGGAAUGCACUUCCCCUCAGCCCAGCCACUUUCUGGCCUUUCCCAGCUGAAGUGACUCAUCCACGCCAACAUCAGGAUUGCAUUUCCUCCUUCGAAUUUCUCUCCCCAAGUUCAGCGAACCAUCAAGGAGGAAACUGAGGCACGCGAAGGCCAAUAUAGAUCUCACAUUACUCUUUCACCUGGAGCACGCAGAAAAUGAGGUGCAGACUCCAGGUGUCAUCACUCAUUCCAGCUCUUGGGAGGCUGAAGCAGGAGAAUUUCCACAAUGAAGCCAGCCUUGGUAACAAGAGUAAAAUCUCGUCUCAAAAGAACCAAAUAAACAAAUAGAAAAGAUGCCAGGUUAGCUCAGUGGUUAAGCCACCUAACUUCACAAUACCCAGUAUCCACAUGGUUAAAAGAGAAGAUUGACAUCUGAGAGCUGUCCUCUGGCCUCCAUGGUGAUCAGUGAGUGGCACGUGAGCCAUCUCCCCUCUACUGCCUGUGAGUGUCUGCCCUUACACUAAAAGAAAAGAGAAAGGAGGAAGGAAAAGGAAAUUAUAAUGAUCUCACAACUCCAGUGAGACCCUGCCUCAACCAACCCAAACAACAACAGACAAACAAGUUAGGAACACACAGUGAUACCUUGCCUCAAAAAAACAAAACUAAUGAACAAGCCAGAAUAAACAAUGAAAUCCUGCUUUAAAAAAAAAUGAACAAGCAAACAGCUCAAAAUUAAAGCCUCAUUUUCAUCAGCUCUCCUCCAACUCUCCUUUAAUAUUGUUCCACCAUCUGAUACUUUCUGACAAGAAGGCAGCUGUAAGUGUGAGAAACAUGGAGCUCGGGUGCCCUGAGUUGCUGGAACCCCCAGAAGAUAUCUUCUCGACGGGAUCCUUCCUGGAGCUGGGAUUCAACGGUCCCGCGUCAAAGGUCCCGGUGACCAGGGGCCUUCAGAAGAGUGAACCUGACGAUUUCCUGAACCUCUUUAUCGAUCCCAAUAUGAUACACUGCUCAGAAACAUCUCCUGGUAGGGACAGUGGGGUCUCUGAAGAUCCUGGCUCCCCUGCCCAACAGGCUUCCAGUUCCCCUGCCCUCUAUGAGGUUGUCUAUGAUUCAGGGACCCUACAGGGAACUCAGCGGGAAGCUGGGCCAACCUUCGGACUCAUCUCUAUUCAGAUAGAUCAGUGGACCCCUGCACUUAUGGUCCCUGAUGCAUGCACAGUCAGUGGACUGCCCUCCGAUUCGCAUAGACAUAUCCUGCCUAGGGUCAGCACCAGAGCCCCAGCACCUCCUGCAGCCAUGCCGUCCUGCCAACAUCAUCUGUUCCUGACAGAUGAAGAAAAGCAACUGCUGGCACAAGAAGGGAUUACUCUGCCCUCUCACCUGCCCCUCACCAAGGCAGAGGAGAGAAUACUCAAGAAGAUCAGGAGGAAAAUCCGCAACAAGCAGUCGGCUCAGGACAGCCGGCGGCGGAAGAAAGAAUACUUAGAUGGGCUGGAGAGCAGAGUGGCGGCCUGUUCGGAACAGAAUCAGAAACUACAGAGAAAGGUCCAGGAGCUGGAGAGGCAGAACAUCUUCUUGAUGGAACAGGUCCGCCAGUUACAGAAGCUCACUGCUCAGACCUCCAGCAGAGCUGCCCAGACCAGCACCUGUGUUCUGAUUCUUCUUUUUUCACUGGCUCUCAUCAUCCUGCCCAGUUUCAGCCCCUUUCAGGGUCAAUCAGAAGCUAGGCCCGAGGAUUAUCAGCUUCAUGGAGUGAUUUCCAGAAAUAUCUUGACUCACGAGAACGUAACAGAAAACCUGGAGAGUCCAGUGCUAAAGUCCAAACUGGAGGAGCUACCUGAAGCCCCAACUACAAAUGGUUCAACAAAGACACAUCUGAAGAUGCGAGUGAAGGCGAGACCCCCUGGACAGAUCAGGGGAAUGGUGCAUACAGAUGAGAUGUAAGCCAAUCACACAAGACACCACACAGGCUUCCCUAUCACCUUUUAUCAUGUGGCAGGGCACCUCAAAUGCUUGUCAUACAUUUGUGAUUUCAUUUCUUCUUUGUGGUAAGGUCAAAGGGAAACAAGUUUUAACUUGGAAAUAAACUUCCUAGCUCAAAUUCUAUCCCAA